UUGUUGUCCUGCUCUAAACUUAGCUGUGAGAGCACCACUCCUCAUUACAACAUGCAGCCCAUUACAAAAGAUGGGAUCGAGUUACCUCAGAUGCUGCUGUUUAUCAGACGUGGCAGUGUAAAAACAAGAUUUAGCCCAGGCAGGUUUUUCUCUGCUUGUGUUCAGCUCUGAUAAGAUGGGCAGCUAUAACUCAGCCCUCAUUCCGGACACAGACGAGUUUGAUUCAAUUGUAUGGGAGAGCCUGAGUGAGCAGAGAGCUCCUGCAGCAGAGGAGGCCUUACAGUCAGAGCUUCAGUCUCUGGUAACAUUAAUCAUUGAGAAGAAAAGAGAAAUCUGCAGUGAAGAGAUGAAUUCUUCAACACAUCAAGAAAGCAUUCAGGGAGCAAACGAAAAUUGUUCUGUCCUUCAGGCUUCAGACAACAACGAUUCAAAGGAGUCUUUCUCCACCCUGCUGCCGAAAGCUCUCUCUGCUGUACUACAUCCAACUGGAUCUCCAGCAUCCAACUCAGACCACCAGCAGAGAGGCCAAGAGAAAAACAUUAAAGCAAAUGUAGAGCAGCUGCAGAUGGAAAUGAAAGACCUCAGGGAGCGGUUUGAACUAAUGAAGAGUCAGCACAACAAAGAAAUUAAACUGCUGAUGAAUGAGCUUGAUGAAGAGAAGAGGAUUCGCCUAACUUUGCAGAUGGAAAUCGAGCGGAUGAAGAAGCACAUGUCAAAAUGAAGAGGAACGACUGCAUAGAGGAGUGAGGUUUAUCAGAGAGGGUACCUCCAUCAUUAGACGGUAGAACCUCCUCCCUGUCCUGAACCCCCAACACACUUCAGAUUCAGCCUCAGUUAUUAAAGCUGAAACACAUUGGCAAACAGAUACUGGCUGAAGAACAGGAUGCUCCUCCCAAGCCGACGACCAGGAUGAGGAAGAGUUUCCAGGAUGUAGUAAUUGUGUACGUUUUCUUGUUACAACAAAACACGUUACACGCAUUUAUUAACUUUGUGGAUUUUUUUUUUUUUUUUUUUAAAGAUAUAUCAUGAUUGGAAAAUUCCAGAUCAAGAAAGUAUAUACAUGUUUUGUUUUAAUUUAUAUGAGCACUUAUCUAAGUUUUUAUGCUAUCGUUAAAAAAUAUUAUUGUAUGACAUAUGCAGUGGCUUGUUAUUUUCCGUUUGCAGCAAUUACAAAAAAAAAAUAUCUAUCUAUC